CACGGCGCGAGCAGGCGCGUCGCCGCCAGCGCCGCAGGCCUGCUGCUUCGCUGCCCGUUGCCGCAGUCAUGGAAGGACUGAGCGCGCUGCUGGCUCGCUGCCCCACGGCCGGCCUGGCCGGUGGCCUGGGCGUCACGGCGUGCGCCGCAGCCGGCGUGCUGCUGUACCGGAUCGCGCGGAGGGCGAAGCCGACGCACAUGAUGGUCAACUGCUGGUUCUGCAACCAGGACACGCUGGUGCCCUAUGGGAACCGCAACUGCUGGGACUGUCCCCACUGCGAGCAGUACAACGGCUUCCAGGAGAAUGGCGACUACAACAAGCCCAUCCCUGCGCAGUACCUGGAGCACCUGAACCACGUGGUGAGCAGCGCGCCCAGCCCCCGUGAGCCUGCGCAGCCACAGCAGUGGGUGAGCAGCCAGGUGCUGCUGUGCCGCAGGUGCAACCACCACCAGACCACCAAGAUCAAGCAGCUGGCCGCCUUCACGCCCAGGGAGGAGGGCAAGUACGAUGAAGAGAUCGAGGUGUACCGCCACCACCUGGAGCAGAUGUACAAGCUGUGCCGGCCAUGCCAGGCGGCCGUGGAGUACUACAUCAAGCACCAGAACCGCCAGCUGCGCGCCCUGCUGCUCAGCCACCAGUUCCGGCGCCGGGAGGCGGACCAGGCCCAGAGUUCCAGCUCCUCUGCGGCGAAGGCCCCCGUCCAGGUCAUCCUGCUCCGUGCUCUGGCCUUCCUGGCCUGCGCCUUCCUGCUGACUACCGCGCUGUAUGGCCCCAGCAACCCCUUCACCCUGGGGGUCGCCCUGCCCCCAGCUCUGCCACCUGGCAACAACAGCUCAGCUGCACCAGACAACAGCACUGCCGCAGGGACUGAGGGCUGGCGGCAGCUGCUGGACCUGCUGCCCGAGCCCGCAGCAGAGAAGCUGCUCGAGGCCUGGGCCUUUGGGCAGAGCCACCAAAUGGGCGUUGUGGCCAUGGGCCUCGCCACCUGCCUGCUGGCCAUGCUGCUAGCCGGCCGCAUCAGGCUUCGAAGGAUUGACGCCUUCUCCGCCUGCCUGUGGGCUCUGCUGCUGGGGCUGUACCUGGCCGAGCGCUACCUGCAAGCAGCCUCGCCCAGCUGGCUGGACACACUCAAGCUCAGCACGAUGUCCCUGUGCUGCCUGGUGGGCUUCACGGCGACUGUAGCCACAAGGAAGGCAACGGGCCCACGGCGGUUCCGGCCCCGAAGGUGCUUCCCUGGAGACACUGUGGGCUUCUUCCCUGCCAGCCCCGGCCUGGCCCUGCCCCGUCCGACUGUCCCAGGAUCCUCACCAGCUCUGUUCGUCCCCACCCCACCUGGCUUCCUGCCUCUUACCAACCAGCAGCUGUUCCGGUCUCCCCGUCGGGCCUCACCUUCCUCGCUGCCAGGCCGCCUCAGCCGGGCCCUCUCGCUGGGCACCAUCCCCAAUCUGACACGAGCAGACUCAGGGUACCUGUUCAGUGGAAGCCGCCCACCAUCCCGGAUGUCUCGCCCCCAGGAGGUCCCCCUUCCGGAUUACUUCUCUCUGCUGUCGGGCCCCACGUCGCCUCCUCUGCCGUCCCCAGUGCCCUCUGUGGCCAGCUCGGUGGCCUCCAGCUACAGCUCCCUGCGUCACCGCAGACCCCUCAUCAGCCCUGCACGGCUCAAUCUGAAGGGACAGAAGCUGCUGCUCUUCCCCGCAACCCCUGGGGAGCUGCCCAGCACCCCCAGCAGCUCGGAGGAGCACACACCACACAACAGCAGCCUCUUCACCCUCGAGCCGCCCCUGCGGCAGCCCGUUCGGGACAGGGACACCAAGCACAGCCCCGAUUCACGAGCCAGGCCAGAGAACAGCAGUGCCUGUAGCAGACAUUCUAUCAAGAAGGAAGAUGAUUCGUCCCAGUCGUCUGCCUGUGUGGUGGACACCACCACCCAGGGGUGCUCGGAGGAGGCCUUUCCCUGGAAGGGGCGACUGGGCCCCUCCUUGAUCCGAGGCCUCCUAGCUGUGAGCCUGACCGCCAACGCCAUCUUCACCUCAGCCUACCUGUACCAGAGCCUGCGCUGAGCGCCCAGUGCCCAAGAGCAGUGCCCAGGGUGAGCCCGUCACCACUGCCACCAGGAUCCUCGUCUCUAGGGCCGGCCCCUGCCCCCGGGAGCACGAGCGAGCACACAUUCUCAGGACCCUGGCCCUGCCCACUGCCGCCUUGGGUGACAUCGAUCUUGUUUGGUGCUGACACCUGACCCCGGGGCCAGGGACUCUGGGACAGGCUGCCUGCUGGGGCCCCUUGCCUACCAUCCAAGCCAGCAGGAAUGUCCCCGCUGCCACCUGUCUGUACUGUACGCCCUGGCACAGGGCCAUCUUCAAGUCCCACCAAGAUGAAGAGGGCCUGGGGUGAGGAGCCCCUGCCCCUUCCUGUGGCUUAUGGACCCCCAGAUUCCCCUCCUACUGCGUGCACCCCUACUCUGAUUCUGGUGGCCCCUGGCCAGGUCCUGGCCCCUUGUUCCACAUGAGCUGUGAUCUCGGAUGACACUGGACCCCUGCCAACCCUCAAGCCCCAUUUUGUCCCCCCAACCCUGUGCUUCACUGGACCAAGGUCUCCCGGGCCUCCUCAGUCUGCCACCUUCCGCCCCACCCGUUGGCUCCUCUACACCAACACUUGUCCCUGCUGCCACUCCAGGGGCUGAGGGCCUCAGCCUGGCCCUGCCUGGGCGCCACGGCGCUCGAACCUCACCACCCAUGUGGGCACAGGCGAUCAUGCCUAGUGAGCUGGGACUCAGGAGGGUGGGCAUGGGACUGGAGGAGGGUUCUUCACUGUCAUUCAGGGAUAAAGUUUAUUUUAUUUUUCUACACUUCUGCCGCUGCCGGGUGAGGCGCAGCCUGCCAGCAGGACGCCCCCUCGCGCCUGGGUGCUCUGUCGCGACCCUUGUCCCCUGGGCCCAGGGCAGUGCUGGACCCCACGUCCCACUGCUGGCCUGGGUUUCAAUGUGGUUGUGGCACCUCGCGGUCGCUUUGUACAGCACUGUGUCUAGGUUUCUACUUCUGUUUUUCACAACCAGACCCUCCCCGCUAUCCUUGUCUGUGGCCCCAGGAGGCACGGGCCAGGGGAGGGGCUUUUAUUCAUGGUUUGUUCCCAGUAGAAAACCAACCUUAUUUUUGUUUAUAAAAGCAAAAAAAUGAAACCAAAAAACAUGCCAACCUUGGAA